AUGACGUCUGCAAACCGGCUGCUCUGGGCCACAGGUAAUGCCUCUCAUAUCAGCCGAGUGUGCACGACCUGGGGAAACUUUCACUUCAAAAACUUUGACGGAGACUUCUUUCAGCUGCCCUCAACCUGCAACCACAUCCUAGCCUCACAUUGCAAAGCCAGCUACGAAGACUUCAACAUCCAAAUAAGACGCAAGCUAGUCUCACAGCCGCCCACCAUCAGCAUCAUCAUCAUCAUCAUCAGGCUGCAGGGCAUGGUGCUGCAGCUGGCCCAGCGCUCGGUGGCUGUCAACGGCAAGCCAAUCACUCUUCCAUCCGUCAUGUCUGGAGUGACCAUCGAGGGGACCAACUCCACAAUCCUAGUUACGUCAAAGUUGGGACUCAGAGCUAUCUGGAACCUGGAUGAUUCCUUUCAUGUUGAGGUGGAUGAGAAGUACGCAGGCCAGACAUGUGGACUGUGUGGAGACUUCAAUGGCGUGUCAGACGAGUUUGUUGAAAACGGUGCACCAUUGUCAAUAGCGAAUUACGCUGAGAUGCAGAAGGUGGACGGGCCCAUGGAGCACUGUGAGGAACCUCCACUGCCGUCGGUCCAGAGCUGUGACGAUCAGGGAUUCUGUCGGCAGAUGUUUUCCAGCGCUCCAUUCAGUGAUUGUACAAGCCGUCUAGAUGUGGAGUCCUUCAUUAAAAUCUGCAUGGCCGACAUGUGCAACCUUGACAACAGCACAGAGUCCUCGUGCCUCUGCAAAACCCUUUCUGAGUUUUCCAGGCAGUGUGUCCACGCUGGGGGCAAGCCCAAGCAAUGGAGGUCCUCAGAUUUCUGCUUCAGGACGUGUCCUUACAACAUGGAGUUUUCUGAGUGUGGCAGUGCCUGUCCUGAUACCUGCUCCAACCAACAAGCCAGCCAGACCUGCGACAGUCACUGCCUCGAUGGAUGCUACUGUCCCGCUGGAAUGGUCUUCGAUGACGUCAACAACACUGGUUGUAUUGUGCAGAAGCAGUGCCCAUGUCUGCACAACCACCACGUUUACAGCCAUGGAGAAUCCUACUCCACCAGCUGCAGAGCAUGUGUGUGUGAGGGUGGUCAGUGGAGCUGUACAGAGAAGAACUGUCCAGGGACGUGUUCUGUGGAGGGAGGAGCUCACAUCCACACCUUCGAUGGCAAAGUCUACACCUUUCAUGGAGACUGCUCCUAUGUACUGGCCAAGCAAUGCAGAGGGUCCAGGUUCACGGUCCUGGCGGACCUUGUGAAAUGUGGCUUGGCGGACAGCAGGACGUGUCUGAGAGCCAUCACACUGGCCUUGUCCAGCAGAUCCACCGUUGUCAAACUCCAUGCAGGAGGGCAAGUCUACGUAAACCAGAUUUUUACUCAGCUUCCCCUUUUCACAGCGGAUCUCAGCAUCUUCCAGCCGUCGUCCUUCUACAUCAGCAUCCAGACCACUGUGGGCCUGCAGCUGCUCGUGCAGCUUUCUCCUGUCAUGCAGGUUUUCAUCAUAGCCACGACCACUCUGCAAGGAACCACCUGCGGCCUAUGUGGAAACUUCAACAAUGUAUUGGCUGAUGACUUCAGAGUGAUGAGUGGCUUGGUGGAAGGCACCGCUGUGGCAUUUGCCAAUGCAUGGAAAACCAGAGCCAGUUGCCCUGAUGUCAAGACACGUUUCAUACACCCGUGUACCCAGGGGGUCAGCAAUGAGCGGUAUGCUCAGUACUGGUGUUCCAAACUGACAGAUCCUCAUGGAGUCUUCUCUGCCUGUCACUCCAUCAUCAGCCCCAGUGCUUACAGUGAUACCUGCAUGUACGACUCCUGUAACUGUGAGGACAGCGAGCAGUGCAUGUGUGCUGUCAUCUCCUCCUACGUCUUCGCCUGCUCGCUGGCAGGUGUCAAGCUCGGCGACUGGAGACAGACCGUCUGUGGCAAAUAUGUCAAAUCCUGCCCUGCUGAAAUGGUGUAUAACUACAACAUGACCUGCUGCAGCCGCACCUGCCACUCCCUCAGCCAGGUGGACCACGCCUGCCAUGCCAACAUCCCUGCCGUGGACGGCUGUGGCUGUGGCGAAGGCACCUUCAUGAACCAGGAUGGGAAGUGUGUGGAGAAGUCCCACUGUUCCUGCUACGACAGGGACACCUUUAUUCCUGCUGGGCAAGCCAUCACCAAGGAUGGCUCCACAUGCAUCUGCAGACAAGGUGUCCUCAGCUGUACGGGGCAAGCAACUCUAGCAGUCUCACGGUUCUGUGUGGCUCCAAUGGAGUACUUUGACUGUUCCUCUCUUGGACCUGGUGCUACCGGUACUGAGUGUCAGAAAAGCUGCAACACCCUGGACAUGGCCUGUAUUAGUACAGGGUGCGUAUCAGGCUGCAUGUGCCCCGCUGGCCUGGUAUCAGACGGGAAGGGACGCUGUAUCAAAGAGGCAAGUUGUCCCUGUGCUCAUAAUGGAGAGAUCUACCAACCCGGAGAAACACUGACUGUGGACUGCAACACCUGCACUUGCAGUAACAGGAAGUUCACAUGUACCACUAAUGUGUGUGAUGGGAUUUGUGGCAUCUAUGGCAAUGGCCACUACACCACAUUUGAUGAAAAAAGGUUCGAGUUCAGUGGACUGUGUGAAUACACACUCAUCCAGGACUACUGUGGCACUAACCAGGCCAAUGGCACCUUCAGAGUGACAACGGAGAACAUCCCCUGUGGGACUACAGGAACUACCUGCUCCAAGGCCAUUAAGAUUUUCCUUGGGGCCAAUGAGUUCCGUCUGAAUGAUGGGAGUUACCAAGUGAUAAAGGGCAGCAGCACCUUGUUCCCAGCCCAGGUCCGAAAGAUGGGCAUGUACCUGGUUGUGACGGUCAAACCAGGGCUUGUGCUCAUGUGGGAUCAGAAGACAAGCUUUUUCAUCAAACUCAGCCCAAACCACCAGGGGCAGGUGUGCGGUCUGUGUGGAAACUACGAUGGCAAUAGUAAGAAUGAUUUCACCACUCGCUCCUCUGAGAUGGUGGUGGAUCCUCUGGACUUUGGUAACAGUUGGAAAGUGUCAGCCAGCUGCCCCAAUGCCAGGCUGAUCAGUGACCCCUGUACCUCCAACCCCUACCGGGCAGCCUGGGCCCAGAGGCAGUGCAGCAUCAUCAACAGCGCCACCUUUCACAGCUGUCAUUCACAAGUGGACCCUGGUCCAUAUUAUGACUCAUGUGUGAGAGACUCCUGUGCGUGUGAUACCGGUGGGGACUGCGAGUGUUUCUGCACAGCCAUCGCUGCUUACGCCAGAGCCUGCAAUGAAGCUGGAACCUGUGUGAGGUGGAGAACGCCAAGGAUCUGCCCUGUGUUCUGUGACUACUACAACACCCCUAGUGGUUGUGAGUGGCAUUACAAGCCUUGUGGCGCUCCCUGUAUGAAGACAUGCAGGAACCCAUCAGGAAACUGUUCCAAUCUCAUCACAGGCCUGGAAGGCUGCUACCCGCAAUGUUCUCCAACACAAGCCUACUUUGACGAAGACACCAUGAAGUGUGUUACCAGAGACGAGUGUGGUUGCUAUGACAACCAAGGCACCCAUUACAGCAUUGGAGCGAAUGUUCCAUCAAAUAACUGUUACCUUUGCACUUGUAUGGUCUCUGGAAUAAGCUGCAGCUACAACGUCAAUAGUUGUACAUGCUUCGUAAAUGGUAAAAUCUAUCCAUAUGGUGCUACAAUCUACAACACUACCGAUGGGCUUGGGAAUUGCAUCACAGCUGUGUGUGGGGACAAUGGCAGUAUCGUCAGGGACAUGUACCCAUGCAUAAUCACUCCAAGUCCUGCUCAACCCACCUCUUCACCAGCCACGACCACCAGCACAGGAACCACAGUAAGACCAGUCGAGACAACUGCAGAGAUUACAACAGGAGAGACUGCAUCAACGACAAAGCCAGCAAAAGUGGAAACCAUGGGGCCAACUACGGUUUCUACCACAGCUGUGGUAGAAACUACAACCUCAGCCCCUCACCCAUCAACAGCAAGCCCAGAAACAACAGUGGCAACCUCCAAACCCUCUAUUAUUACCACCACCACUCUACCAACAACCAAAACUAAGGGAACCACAGUAAGACCAGUCGAGACAACUGCAGAGAUUACAACAGGAGAGACUGCAUCAACGACAAAGCCAGCAAAAGUGGAAACCAUGGGGCCAACUACGGUUUCUACCACAGCUGUGGUAGAAACUACAACCUCAGCCCCUCACCCAUCAACAGCAAGCCCAGAAACAACAGUGGCAACCUCCAAACCCUCUAUUAUUACCACCACCACUCUACCAACAGUCAAAACUAAGGGAACCACAGUAAGACUAGUAAAAACAACUACUGAGGUUACAACAGCAGAGACUGUAUCAACAACAAAGCCACCAAAUGUAGAAACCACAGGGCCAGUCACAAUUUCUACUACAGCUGUGGUUGAGACUAAAACCUCAGUACCUCGCCGAUCAACAGCAAGCCCAGAAACAACAGUGGCAACCUCCAAACCCUCUAUUGUUACCACCACCACCUUACUAACAACCAAAACUAAGGCAACCACAGGAACCACAGUAAGACCAGUAAAAACAACUGCAGAGGUUACAACAGCAGAGACUGAAUCAACAACAAAGCCACCAAAUGUAGAAACCACAGGGCCAACCACGGUUUCUGUUACAGCUGUAGUAGAAACUACAACCUCAGCCCCUCACCCAUCAACAGCAAGCCCAGAAACAACUGUGGCAACCUCCAAACCCUCUGUUGUUACCACCACCACCUUACUAACAACCAAAACUAAGGCAACCACAGUAAGACCAGUUGAGACAACUGCAGAGAUUAGAACAGGAGAGACUGCAUCAACAACAAAGCCAGCAAAAGUGGAAACCACAGGGCCAACUACAGUUUCUACUACAGCUGUGGUUGAACCUACAACCUCUGUACCUCGCCUAUCAACAGCAAGCCCAGAAACAACAGUGGCAACCUCCAAACCCUCUGUUGUUACCACCACCACUCUACCAACAAUCAAAAGUAAUGGAACCACAGUAAGACCAGUCAAGACAACUGCAGAGGUUACAACAGCAGAGACUGCAUCAACAACAAAGCCACCAAAUGUAGAAACCACAGGGCCAACCACGGUUUCUACUACAGCUGUGGUAGAAACUACAACCUCAGCCCCUCACCCAUCAACAGCAAGUGCAGAAACAACAGUGGCAACCUCCAAACCCUCUGUUGUUACCACCACCACUCUACCAAUAAUCAAAACUAAGGGAACCACAGUAAGACCAGUAAAAACAACUGCAGAGGUUACAACAGCAGAGACUGAAUCAACAACAAAGCCACCAAAUGUAGAAACCACAGGGCCAACCACGGUUUCUGUUACAGCUGUAGUAGAAACUACAAUGUCAGCCCCUCACCCAUCAACAGCAAGCCCAGAAACAAAAGUAACAACCUCCAAACCCUCUAUUAUUACCACCACCACCUUACUAACAACCAAAACUAAGGCAACCACAGUAAGACCAGUCGAGACAACUGCAGAGAUUAGAACAGGAGAGACUGCAUCAACGACAAAGCCAGCAAAAGUGGAAACCACAGGGCCAACUACAGUUUCUACUACAGCUGUGGUUGAACCUACAACCUCUGUACCUCGCCCAUCAACAGCAAGCGCAGAAACACCACUGGCAACCUCCAAACCCUCUGUUGUUACCACCACCACUCUACCAACAAUCAAAACUAAUGGAACCACAGUAAGACCAGUUGAGACAACUGCAGAGGUUACAACAGCAGAGACUGCAUCAACAACAAAGCCACCAAAUGUAGAAACCACAGGGCCAACCACGGUUUCUACUACAGCUGUGGUAGAAACUACAACCUCAGCCCCUCACCCAUCAACAGCAAGCACAGAAACAACAGUGGCAACCUCCAAACCCUCUGUUGUUACCACCACCACUCUACCAAUAAUCAAAACUAAGGGAACCACAGUAAGACCAGUAAAAACAACUGCAGAAGUUAAAACAGGAGAGACUGAAUCAACAACAAAGCCACCAAAUGUAGAAACCACAGGGCCAACCACGGUUUCUGUUACAGCUGUAGUAGAAACCACAACCUCAGCCCCUCACCCAUCAACAGCAAGCCCAGAAACAACUGUGGCAACCUCCAAACCCUCUGUUGUUACCACCACCACCUUACUAACAACCAAAACUAAGGCAACCACAGUAAGACCAGUUGAGACAACUGCAGAGAUUAGAACAGGAGAGACUGCAUCAACAACAAAGCCAGCAAAAGUGGAAACCACAGGGCCAACUACAGUUUCUACUACAGCUGUGGUUGAACCUACAACCUCUGUACCUCGCCUAUCAACAGCAAUCCCAGAAACAACAGUGGCAACCUCCAAACCCUCUGUUGUUACCACCACCACUCUGCCAACAAUCAAAAGUAAUGGAACCACAGUAAGACCAGUCGAGACAACUGCAGAGGUUACAACAGCAGAGACUGCAUCAACAACAAAGCCACCAAAUGUAGAAACCACAGGGCCAACCACGGUUUCUACUACAGCUGUGGUAGAAACUACAACCUCAGCCCCUCACCCAUCAACAGCAAGUGCAGAAACAACAGUGGCAACCUCCAAACCCUCUGUUGUUACCACCACCACUCUACCAAUAAUCAAAACUAAGGGAACCACAGUAAGACCAGUAAAAACAACUGCAGAGGUUACAACAGCAGAGACUGAAUCAACAACAAAGCCACCAAAUGUAGAAACCACAGGGCCAACCACGGUUUCUGUUACAGCUGUAGUAGAAACUACAAUGUCAGCCCCUCACCCAUCAACAGCAAUCCCAGAAACAAAAGUAACAACCUCCAAACCCUCUAUUAUUACCACCACCACCUUACUAACAACCAAAACUAAGGCAACCACAGUAAGACCAGUCGAGGCAACUGCAGAGAUUAGAACAGGAGAGACUGCAUCAACGACAAAGCCAGCAAAAGUGGAAACCACAGGGCCAACUACAGUUUCUACUACAGCUUUGGUUGAACCUACAACCUCUGUACCUCGCCCAUCAACAGCAAGCCCAGAAACAAAAGUAGCAACCUCCAAACCCUCUGUUGUUACCACCACCACUCUACCAACAAUCAAAACUAAUGGAACCACAGUAAGACCAGUCGAGACAACUGCAGAGGUUACAACAGCAGAGACUGCAUCAACAACAAAGCCACCAAAUGUAGAAACCACAGGGCCAACCACGGUUUCUACUACAGCUGUGGUAGAAACUACAACCUCAGCCCCUCACCCAUCAACAGCAAGCACAGAAACAACAGUGGCAACCUCCAAACCCUCUGUUGUUACCACCACCACUCUACCAAUAAUCAAAACUAAGGGAACCACAGUAAGACCAGUAAAAACAACUGCAGAAGUUAAAACAGGAGAGACUGAAUCAACAACAAAGCCACCAAAUGUAGAAACCACAGGGCCAACCACGGUUUCUGUUACAGCUGUAGUAGAAACCACAACCUCAGCCCCUCACCCAUCAACAGCAAGCCCAGAAACAACUGUGGCAACCUCCAAACCCUCUGUUGUUACCACCACCACCUUACUAACAACCAAAACUAAGGCAACCACAGUAAGACCAGUUGAGACAACUGCAGAGAUUAGAACAGGAGAGACUGCAUCAACAACAAAGCCAGCAAAAGUGGAAACCACAGGGCCAACUACAGUUUCUACUACAGCUGUGGUUGAACCUACAACCUCUGUACCUCGCCUAUCAACAGCAAGCCCAGAAACAACAGUGGCAACCUCCAAACCCUCUGUUGUUACCACCACCACUCUACCAACAAUCAAAAGUAAUGGAACCACAGUAAAACCAGUCGAGACAACUGCAGAGGUUACAACAGCAGAGACUGCAUCAACAACAAAGCCACCAAAUGUAGAAACCACAGGGCCAACCACGGUUUCUACUACAGCUGUGGUAGAAACUACAACCUCAGCCCCUCACCCAUCAACAGCAAGUGCAGAAACAACAGUGGCAACCUUCAAACCCUCUGUUGUUACCACCACCACUCUACCAAUAAUCAAAACUAAGGGAACCACAGUAAGACCAGUAAAAACAACUGCAGAGGUUACAACAGCAGAGACUGAAUCAACAACAAAGCCACCAAAUGUAGAAACCACAGGGCCAACCACGGUUUCUGUUACAGCUGUAGUAGAAACUACAACGUCAGCCCCUCACCCAUCAACAGCAAGCCCAGAAACAAAAGUAGCAACCUCCAAACCCUCUAUUAUUACCACCACCACCUUACUAACAACCAAAACUAAGGCAACCACAGUAAGACCAGUCGAGACAACUGCAGAGAUUAGAACAGGAGAGACUGCAUCAACGACAAAGCCAGCAAAAGUGGAAACCACAGGGCCAACUACAGUUUCUACUACAGCUGUGGUUGAACCUACAACCUCUGUACCUCGCCCAUCAACAGCAAGCGCAGAAACACCACUGGCAACCUCCAAACCCUCUGUUGUUACCACCACCACUCUACCAACAAUCAAAACUAAUGGAACCACAGUAAGACCAGUCGAGACAACUGCAGAGGUUACAACAGCAGAGACUGCAUCAACAACAAAGCCACCAAAUGUAGAAACCACAGGGCCAACCACGGUUUCUACUACAGCUGUGGUAGAAACUACAACCUCAGCCCCUCACCCAUCAACAGCAAGCACAGAAACAACAGUGGCAACCUCCAAACCCUCUGUUGUUACCACCACCACUCUACCAAUAAUCAAAACUAAGGGAACCACAGUAAGACCAGUAAAAACAACUGCAGAAGUUAAAACAGGAGAGACUGAAUCAACAACAAAGCCACCAAAUGUAGAAACCACAGGGCCAACCACGGUUUCUGUUACAGCUGUAGUAGAAACCACAACCUCAGCCCCUCACCCAUCAACAGCAAGCCCAGAAACAACUGUGGCAACCUCCAAACCCUCUGUUGUUACCACCACCACCUUACUAACAACCAAAACUAAGGCAACCACAGUAAGACCAGUCGAGACAACUGCAGAGAUUAGAACAGGAGAGACUGCAUCAACGACAAAGCCAGCAAAAGUGGAAACCACAGGGCCAACUACAGUUUCUACUACAGCUGUGGUUGAACCUACAACCUCUGUACCUCGCCCAUCAACAGCAAGCGCAGAAACACCACUGGCAACCUCCAAACCCUCUGUUGUUACCACCACCACUCUACCAACAAUCAAAACUAAUGGAACCACAGUAAGACCAGUCGAGACAACUGCAGAGGUUACAACAGCAGAGACUGCAUCAACAACAAAGCCACCAAAUGUAGAAACCACAGGGCCAACCACGGUUUCUACUACAGCUGUGGUAGAAACUACAACCUCAGCCCCUCACCCAUCAACAGCAAGCACAGAAACAACAGUGGCAACCUCCAAACCCUCUGUUGUUACCACCACCACUCUACCAAUAAUCAAAACUAAGGGAACCACAGUAAGACCAGUAAAAACAACUGCAGAAGUUAAAACAGGAGAGACUGAAUCAACAACAAAGCCACCAAAUGUAGAAACCACAGGGCCAACCACGGUUUCUGUUACAGCUGUAGUAGAAACCACAACCUCAGCCCCUCACCCAUCAACAGCAAGCCCAGAAACAACUGUGGCAACCUCCAAACCCUCUGUUGUUACCACCACCACCUUACUAACAACCAAAACUAAGGCAACCACAGUAAGACCAGUUGAGACAACUGCAGAGAUUAGAACAGGAGAGACUGCAUCAACAACAAAGCCAGCAAAAGUGGAAACCACAGGGCCAACUACAGUUUCUACUACAGCUGUGGUUGAACCUACAACCUCUGUACCUCGCCUAUCAACAGCAAGCCCAGAAACAACAGUGGCAACCUCCAAACCCUCUGUUGUUACCACCACCACUCUACCAACAAUCAAAAGUAAUGGAACCACAGUAAGACUAGUCGAGACAACUGCAGAGGUUACAACAGCAGAGACUGCAUCAACAACAAAGCCACCAAAUGUAGAAACCACAGGGCCAACCACGGUUUCUACUACAGCUGUGGUAGAAACUACAACCUCAGCCCCUCACCCAUCAACAGCAAGCACAGAAACAACAGUGGCAACCUCCAAACCCUCUGUUGUUACCACCACCACUCUACCAAUAAUCAAAACUAAGGGAACCACAGUAAGACCAGUAAAAACAACUGCAGAAGUUAAAACAGGAGAGACUGAAUCAACAACAAAGCCACCAAAUGUAGAAACCACAGGGCCAACCACGGUUUCUGUUACAGCUGUAGUAGAAACCACAACCUCAGCCCCUCACCCAUCAACAGCAAGCCCAGAAACAACUGUGGCAACCUCCAAACCCUCUGUUGUUACCACCACCACCUUACUAACAACCAAAACUAAGGCAACCACAGUAAGACCAGUUGAGACAACUGCAGAGAUUAGAACAGGAGAGACUGCAUCAACAACAAAGCCAGCAAAAGUGGAAACCACAGGGCCAACUACAGUUUCUACUACAGCUGUGGUUGAACCUACAACCUCUGUACCUCGCCUAUCAACAGCAAGCCCAGAAACAACAGUGGCAACCUCCAAACCCUCUGUUGUUACCACCACCACUCUACCAACAAUCAAAAGUAAUGGAACCACAGUAAGACCAGUCGAGACAACUGCAGAGGUUACAACAGCAGAGACUGCAUCAGCAACAAAGCCACCAAAUGUAGAAACCACAGGGCCAACCACGGUUUCUACUACAGCUGUGGUAGAAACUACAACCUCAGCCCCUCACCCAUCAACAGCAAGUGCAGAAACAACAGUGGCAACCUCCAAACCCUCUGUUGUUACCACCACCACUCUACCAAUAAUCAAAACUAAGGGAACCACAGUAAGACCAGUAAAAACAACUGCAGAGGUUACAACAGCAGAGACUGAAUCAACAACAAAGCCACCAAAUGUAGAAACCACAGGGCCAACCACGGUUUCUGUUACAGCUGUAGUAGAAACUACAACGUCAGCCCCUCACCCAUCAACAGCAAGCCCAGAAACAAAAGUAGCAACCUCCAAACCCUCUAUUAUUACCACCACCACCUUACUAACAACCAAAACUAAGGCAACCACAGUAAGACCAGUCGAGACAACUGCAGAGAUUAGAACAGGAGAGACUGCAUCAACGACAAAGCCAGCAAAAGUGGAAACCACAGGGCCAACUACAGUUUCUACUACAGCUGUGGUUGAACCUACAACCUCUGUACCUCGCCCAUCAACAGCAAGCGCAGAAACACCACUGGCAACCUCCAAACCCUCUGUUGUUACCACCACCACUCUACCAACAAUCAAAACUAAUGGAACCACAGUAAGACCAGUCGAGACAACUGCAGAGGUUACAACAGCAGAGACUGCAUCAACAACAAAGCCACCAAAUGUAGAAACCACAGGAACAACCACGGUUUCUACUACAGCUGUGGUAGAAACUACAACCUCAGCCCCUCACCCAUCAACAGCAACUAAUACCAAAAGUACUUCUGGAGUGUCUGGAGCAACCCUAUGUGCCUGCAUUGUCAAUGGAACAACAUAUCUUCCUGGGGAUCUGGUCUACAAUGUCACUGAUGGUUUGGGGUGGUGUUACACCUCCUAUUGUGGAUUUUCUUGUAAACUAAAGAAAGAAUCUAAACCGUGCCCUACAUCACCCUCUCCCAGAACAACCUCCCCAUUUACUGUGUCCCACUCCAUUUCCUCAUCCUCCACCACAGCUACACCUACAACUGUGUCCAGUGCCACCACAUCCCCAUUUACUAGCAGUUCAGUUAAAGACUGCACCAAUGUACAACCACCAAGAACGAAUGGAGAGUCCUGGCAAGUUGACAAGUGCACCAAUGCUACUUGCAUCAAUGGUCAAGUCAGUGAAACGAGAAGUCCUUGUCCCACAUCUCUUCUACCCACCUGUGCCAAUGGACGCAAGCUUGUUAAGUUGUAUGAUGCCAACGGAUGCUGCUUUCACUAUGAAUGCGAAUGUGUGUGUAGCGGCUGGGGUGGUGCUAACUACAUAACAUUUGAUGGAAAAUCAUACAGUUUUAAGGACAACUGCUCUUACUACUUGGUCAAAGAGAUAAUUUCCAAAUACAACCUGACUAUUAUUGUAAACAAUAAGUACUGUGACACAGAAGACAGCACAUUCUGUCCCCAGGCUCUCAUCAUCAACUACCAGGCCUACAAGAUUAUCUUGACACAGAUACGGACCUCAGGAAUAACAGCCAGUGUGGUGUAUAUCAACCAGAAACGUAUCUACCCUGCAUACAGCAACUCUGUCCUGCACCUAACCAGCACAGAUACGAUGAUAACCUUGGAGAUACCACCAAUCAAGGCUCAGAUCAUCUACAAAAGUUCCUCCUUUAGCAUUAACCUGCCCUAUUCCCUUUUCGGCUGGAACACUGAGGGACAAUGUGGUACCUGUGACAACUCUAAGGCAAAUGACUGCCGCGCCCCCAAUGGGCAAGUGGAGAGCUGCUUGGUCUCUGCCGGCCAGUGGCAUGUCCCAGGCGCACCCUGUGUUACCCCCACAGUUCCACCCACCCCUACUGGGACCCCAGUGAGCUCAUCCCCGUCCUCCACCACAACGCCCUGCCAAACUGUCAUCUGUGACAUUUUAACUAGCAGUGUAUUUGGACCAUGCCACACAGUUGUGCCUCCAGGACCAUUUGUGAAGGUCUGCAGGUCUGAUGUGUGCAGUGGUGGAAACAACAGGUGCUCCAGUCUGGAGGCCUAUGCCUCUGAGUGCUCUGCAGCAGGAAUAUGCAUAGACUGGAGGAACACCACCAAUGGCCACUGUGAGCAUAAAUGUCCCAGCAACAAGGUACACAUGGCCUGUGGUCCAGCUGUAGAGCCUACGUGCAAUGCACGGUAUAAUGAGAAAUUCAAGGCAGCCAACCAGCUGUCCACCAACAGCUCCAACACCAAGGAGGGUUGCUUCUGUCCUGCUGGGACUACACUGUUCAAUACUGUCUAUGACAAAUGUGUCAUCUCAUGUGACUGUGUUGGACCUGAUGGUCAGCCCAAACAGCCCGGUGAAACAUGGACAAGCAACUGCCAUCAGUGUGAGUGUGACAAGGACUCCAUGAGUGUUCAGUGUAAUCCAGUUACAUGCCCAGCAGCACCUAGUCUCAAAUGCAACGGAGCUGGCCAGCGUCUGGUGAAUAAGACAGACAGAUGCUGCCCAACACAGUCAUGUGAGUGUGAUGUUGGUCAAUGUCCCACAGUCACCUGUCCACCAGGCUUCCAGCUCAACGUCACCGCGGUCAAUGGCAGCUGCUGCCCGUCCCACCAAUGUGUUCCUAAAGGUGUGUGUGUCUACAACACAACUGAGUACCAGCCUGGCUCCAAGAUUCCCACAUCAGGAUUGGGAUCAUGUGAGGAAUGUCACUGUAGUGACAUCACAGAUCCCAAAACUGGGCUGCACACCAUCACCUGCACAGCAGCUGUCUGCAACCACACCUGCUCAGAGGGCCAUGAGUACCAGGCUGUGGCCGGCCUGUGUUGUGGCAGAUGUGUCCAGAGCAGCUGCAUCAUCAGCGGCCCAGACAACAAAACACACAUCGUGCAGGUAAACCAGACCUGGUCGCCCCCUGGUGAAAAGUGUGUAAAAUACACCUGUGAGUUUGUUAAUGGACAACACAUUACCAAAGAGUCAAAACUCAUCUGCCCUGCCUUCAACCCUCUGGACUGUGAACCGGGCACGGAGACAACUGACUCUAAUGGAUGCUGCAAGACCUGUACCCUGCGUAGUGUGUGCCACGUCCAGAGCAAGCUGACGGUGAUUGAGUUGAAUGAAUGCAAGAGUCCUCUGCCGGUCAACGUGUCCUUCUGCGCUGGACACUGCGGAAGCUCGUCCAUGUACUCGGCCGCAGCCAACAUGAUGGUGCAUAAGUGCGAGUGUUGUCAGGAGCUGACCACCAGCCAGAGGGAGGUGGAGCUCAGCUGUGCGGACGGCUCCAAAAUCCAACACACCUUCAUCACAGCACACUCCUGCAGCUGCCGUGUAGCCGAGUGCCUUCCCGCUCUGACGCCGAGCGCCAGACCUUGAGCCUGCCGCCGCCGCCGCAGACUGGCCUGAUGAGGCCUUUGUGCCGUGGAACGGACGAGGCAGCCGGGGUGCAUAUGUUCUGUAGUUUAGCGUCUCUUGGUC